GCUGCUCUACUUACAGCUCCUUGCUCGAGCCCGCCAGGUCUUAGUGUGGAGGAGGCCGCGGAGUCCCGGCGCCAGGUCCCUGUCCCCGCGCGCCAUGAGUCCCGCGCGGCGGAGCGCCCCCACAGUGCUGCGCCUCCUUGGCUGGCUGCCCGUGCUGCUGCUGCUGUGUCCGCCGGCUGCGCGGGGUGACUGCAGCCAUCCCCCAGAUGUGCCUAAUGCCCAACCAACUUUGGGAGAGCUUACAAGUUUUCCUAAACAAACCACAGUGACAUACAAAUGUGAUGAAGGCUUUGUAAAAGUUCCUGGCAAGCCAGACUCAGUGGUCUGUCUUGAGAACGAUAAAUGGUCAGAGGUUGCAGAAUUUUGUAAUCGUAGCUGUGAUGUUCCACCCAGGCUGCCUUUUGCGUCUCUCCAAAACCUUUAUCGCAACCAGAAUUAUUUCCCAGCGGGUUCUACUGUGGAAUAUGAGUGCCGAAUGGGCUACAGAAGGGACCGUUCUCUAUCAGGAACACUAACUUGCCUUCAGAAUUUUACGUGGUCCAAACCAGAUGAAUUUUGCAAAAAAAAAGCAUGUCCCACUCCUGGAGAAAUACCAAAUGGUCAUGUCAAAAUACAAACUGACAUAUUAUUUGGUGCAGCUAUCUCUUUCUCAUGUAACACAGGGUACACGUUAGUUGGUUCAUCUUUUAGUUACUGUUCUCUUGAAGGUGAGAAUGUUAAGUGGACUGAUCCAUUGCCAGAAUGCAAAGAAAUUACAUGUCCAAGCCCACCAGCAAUUGCCAAUGGAAUUAUUCUAGAGCAACAUGACACUUACAUAUAUAGACAGUCUAUAACAUAUAAAUGUGAGAAAGGAUUCACCCUGGUCGGAGGCAACUCUAUUCAUUGCACUGUAAAAGAUGGCCAAGGGGAAUGGAGUGGCCCGCCACCUGAAUGCAAAGAUAGUUCUCAGAUUUCCAAGGUCACACCAGCGGUUCAGAAACCCACCACUGUAGAUGUUACAGCUACUGAAGCCCCAUCAACUCCUCAGAAAACCAGUGCUGUAAAUGUUACAGAGACCCCACCAACAGCCCAGAAUCCCAUCGUGGCAAAUGCUUCUGCUACACAGUUCACCCCAGUAACCCAAAGACUCAACACAUCAAAAGUUUCUUUUACACAGAGUCUUCCAGGAACACGAAAGUCCACUGUUGUACAUGCCCCAGUGACUAAGCAUGUCCAUACAAAACAAAGAUUGACCUCUGCUGCUCAUAUUACAGCGACACAGAAUCUAGCUGUUCCCAGGCCAACCACGCGUUUUCAUACAACAAGCACGUCAAAAGGUGCUGUCAUCAUUGCAUCUGGAUUAUAAGGAAGAACAAAACCUAUCCACAACUUUCUCAGUUUUUCGUGGCAUCUGGGCUGCAUUUCUACUUUAUUAGGUAUACAAGUGAGGCCUUUUGAAGUGGCUGGGUGCACCCACAUUUCUUCAGAAGCAUCAUUUAACACCAGAUCUUAUAGUAGAAUUCUGACUUGGGUUCUUUGGAAAUAGAGAUGAUCCUCUGUACAUUAAUGGUCUCAGUUUUCUCAUCUGCAAAAAGAAUAUCAUUUGAUGCAAUUUAAUAAAUAUUUACUAAGUACUUUUUACUAUUUUAUAAGCACUGUGCUAGUUAUUGGAGGUGAUCAAAUGAGACAAUAGGUGUCAAACUGCUUUACAAGGUUUUAAACACUAUGUAAAUAUAGUUCCACAUAAUGAGGAAUGUUACUAAAAUACUCCUUUUACUUGGAGAAAACCAUUUUCUAAAAUUAUGUAAUUUUCCUGCCUAAGAGCUCUUCAAUUAAUGAUAAGGAACAUUGGAAGCAUAAUCAUAAUUUUAUUCAUAAUUUUAUAGUUUUAUUUAUCCCAAAGUGCAUAAAUAUUAAAUCGACACUGUUUCACCUUUGGGAUGGUUUUCUGUAGACACCAAAUUAAUUUUGAGAUCAAAAACAAUUGCCUUUGUACCUUAAAGUUUUCUAUGUUUCUAAUUUGGGAGAUAAUACUCUCGUUAAUUUAUAAGGAAUCAUUUAUCUAGAAUUAUGUUUCUCAUAUUUCUGUAUCUUGAUUUGGUUUUCUGUCAAACAGUCAACCUCCACACACUUUCUUCUAAAAUUAUAUAUAUGUUCUGAUCAGUAUUCUAGGAAUAAGCUCUUACUUCUGACAUCCAGAUAUUUUGGAUCAUUUUUAAAUUUCUCUCUUCAUUUAUCAUUCAGAUUGAAAAUGGGAUGUUUUUGCAACAUUUGAAAAUGGGAUUAGAGGGAAUGGUGAAGGGAAAAGAAACCCCAAAUUUUUGAGAAGCCAUGAUUUAUUUUAUGAAUACAGUCUUUCCAAACUAAUGAUACAGUAGGAGGAAAUCAGUUAAAGAAAUUGGGUAAAAUACUGUGAAAACUUACCCAUGGUGGAAAUAGCUGCUUUCUACAUCGUAUAUCCAUUUGGUAGUGCAAUUGCAUGACAUCUAUAUUUUGCUGAUUUGGAACCAGAUAUACUUAUUAGUCACAUUACCUUCAGUUGCUUUUCUAGUGUUACCUCUAAUUUCUUUUGUAGUACAGAUCAAAAGAGUAGAGUUCAAGGGCAUUGGAGGGUGGAGUGGGGAGGAAAAGGGAGGCCCAGGGUGGUGGGUGGAAAGGGCAAAUGGGUGAUUUUAAGAAAACAGAUUGUGUGUAAGAAGCAAGCUAUAAAAAUUAUUUGCUGUUGACCAACUUAUUUGAACAAUUGUUUACUGUCGUUCAAGUCAAAAUAGUGCAUUUAAUUUUAAAAGUAAAUAUUAGCUUUCCUAAAUGAAAUUUUAUCUGCAAUAGGCUGAAUGCUGAAAAACAUAUUCUGUAGGCAAACUGAAUAUAUUUUACCCUCUGUGCUCAGAUGACGAUACCUUUCCUAUGAUGGAGAAAUGCCUACAUCUCUAUUAUCUUUACUAUGAACUAAGUAAAUGACCUUUCCGUUAACCACAUAGGUAACCUUCACCCUUCUCAGACUCAAUUUACUCAUCUAUAAAUGACAGUGAAUGCCAGGAUACCUUCUAGUGCUAAAAUUACAUAAUUCAGUCAUCAUAUUUGCAUGAUCAAUGAUCAAAACAUUUAAAAUUGAACAUGAUGGGGUUGAAACAAUUUAGAAUCCUCUCAAACCUGUCAUUUUAUUUGAGCAUUGUGAUACUUUAAUUAUUUUCUUUCA